AGCAGUGGUCGCAAUAUAAGGAAUACGAUAGAACACCUAAACCAUUCCCAUCUGAUUCCGCAGCGGUUGUGGCCUCCGCUUUAACAUCUAUCACUAAUUUCCCUGCUUACUUGAGUGGUGGAAUAAUAUCAUCUCAUCACCAACAUGUUGACAAAAACGUUCCGUUUGGUGUUAGCAUUGAAACUUUAACUGGGGUUAAAUGGUUGAUCGAAAAUUUAACCGGUAAAACCACCGUUCAAGAAUUAAAGGAACGAAUUCAGGAAAUUGGCUACAUACCUGAUACCAUUUCUCAUCGUUUGAUAUUUAAUGGUAGACACCUUUUAAACUCCAAGAGAUUAGGGGAUUAUGAUAUUAGUCAUCUAUUUGAAAGUCCAUGUGAUUGGAAAAGAAUUCCUUUAACCCCUUCAUCAACUGAAAAACAUUCGAUAUAUAAAAUAUGGCCAUACUCUUAUCAUGCAACGUCAACACGUAAAUCAAAAACGAUCGCGGAUGCUGGAUUGAUUCAUAGUAAACGUCAUAAAUUUAAUUUUGGUCAUGGAAUUUAUACAACCCCUGAUAUUAAUUUAGCUUCAUUAUACUCUCAUACUUUUAUUUAUAAUGGUUCGAAAUAUUUGAUUUUGUUACAAAAUCGUGUUAAUACAAAGACUUUGGUUAGGAUAUCUCUUAGAAAAGGUGGUGAUGAAUAUUGUGUAUCUCGAAGUGAAGAUGAUUUAAAACCUUAUGACUUAUUUAUAAAAAAGAUUGGUUAUUGUAAAUGA